AUGAAGGCCGCCGUUGUUCUUUCUUUCGUCGCCGCCGCCGUUGCUGGUGCUAUUGAGGCCCGUGAUGGCCACUGUGGUGGUGACAACUGCGCUCGUCAAGUCACCGGAACUCGUGAUGGCCUGAGCCCCAUCUCUUCCCGCAAGAACGACUGCUCCAACUUCAUGAAGACCACUAUCGUCCCUGAUGCUACCACCGUCACCGUCACCGUCACUGUUGACCCUGAUGAGCCCGCCUCUCUGACCAAGCGUGGUGUUGAGUACCGUGCCGCUACUGAGGCUCCUACUGCCGUCCCUGCCUACGCUUCCUCUUGCCAGAACGCCGGCAAGUACUCUUCUGCUUGCUCUUGCUGGGGUAUCACCGCCGUCACCACCACUGCUCCCGUUCCCACCAAGACCACCACCGUUACCGUCACUGCCGACUACUGCGAGGACCUGUAA